AUGGAGUCCCUUUGUGCCGCUGCCUCCGCGCAGGUCACUUACUUCAGCCUCUGGUACUACAACAAGCAGAGCCAGCGCCGCUGGGUGGAUCUGGAGAAGCCGCUGAAGAAGCAGCUGGAUAAAUACUCGCUGGAGCCCACCGUGUACUUCGGCGUGGUCUUCUACGUGCCCUCCGUCUCGCAGCUGCAGCAGGAGAUUACCAGGUAUCAGUAUUAUUUGCAGCUGAAGAAAGAUAUCUUGGAAGGAAACAUUCCCUGUACACUAGAACAAGCAGUUCAGCUAGCAGGCUUAGCUGUUCAAGCUGAUUUUGGUGACUUUGAUCAGUAUGAAUCUCAAGACUUUCUUCAGAAAUUUGCCCUGUUUCCUGUGGGCUGGUUACAAGAUGAUAAAGUAUUGGAAGAAGCAACCCAAAAGGUGGCCUUACUACAUCAGAAAUACAGAGGGCUCCCAGCCCCUGAUGCGGAAAUGCUGUACAUGCAGGAGGUGGAGCGGAUGGACGGCUAUGGUGAAGAGAGCUACAAUGCCAAGGAUAGCCAAGGGAGCGACGUCCACGUCUGCGCCGGCCUGGAGGGGAUCCUCGUGAAGCACAAGAGCGGGCGGCCACCGCUGACCUUCAGGUGGUCUGACAUCACCAACAUGUCCCACAACAAGGCCUUCUUUGCUUUAGAGCUGCCCAGUAAAGAGGACACCGUCCAAUUUCAAACCGAAGACAUGGAAACAGCAAAAUACGUGUGGAGACUGUGUACUGCCCGGCAGAAGUUUUACAGACUGAACGAGUGCAGCCUGCAGACACAGCCUGUGACAGUGAACCCAAUUAGGAGGAGGUCUUCGUCAAGGAUGUCGCUGCCUAAGCCCCAGCCUUACGGGAUGCCCCCCCCACCCCAGCUGCAUUAUAAUGGACACUAUACAGAACCAUAUACUUCUUCCCAAGAUAACCUCUUCGUGACCAACCAGAAUGGGUACUACUGCCACUCGCAGACGAGCCUGGAUCGCGCCCAGCUGGAGCUCGGCGGCCGCCUGCGGAACGGCAGCGUGUACAGCGCACACAGCGCCAGCUCCUUGAACAACGCGGCGGCGCCCUGCCUGCAGCCCUCGCCCGUGUCCUCCAACCCCAGCAUCACCGGCAGCGACAUCAUGAGACCGGACUACGUCCCCUCGCACCGGCACAGCGCCCUGAUCCCGCCCUCCUACCGCCCCACCCCGGACUACGAGACGGUGAUGAAGCAGCUCAACCGCGGGGCGCUCCACGCCGCCGAGCGGCAGAGCCACUCGCUGCGCAACCUCAGCCUGGGCAACUCGUACGCGUACAGCCGGCCCGACGCGCUGGUCUACAGCCAGCCCGAGAUCCGCGAGCACGCGCACUACCCCUCGGCCCAGUCGGCCCACUCGCCCUUCACCCUGAACUACAGCUUCCACCGCCAGUCCCCCUACCCGUACCCCGCCGAGCGGCGGCCCGUGGUGGGGGCGGUCAGCGUGCCUGAGCUCACCAACGUGCAGCUCCAGGCCCAGGACUACCCGGCCCCAAACAUCAUGAGGACCCAGGUCUACCGCCCGCCGCCCCCCUACCAGGCCCCGCGGCCGGCCAACAGCACCCCUGACCUGUCCCACCACCUCUACAGCAGCAGCAGCAACCCGGACCUGAUCACCCGGCGCGUCCACCACUCGGUGCAGACCUUCCAGGAGGACAGCCUGCCGGUGGCCCACUCCCUGCAGGAGGUCAGCGAGCCCCUCACCCUGGCCCGCCGCGCGCACCUGCACAAGAGGAACAGCAUCGAGAUCGCGGGGCUGCCGCCCAGCUUCGAGGGCCUGCGCCUGAAGGAGAGGACCCUGUCCGCCUCCGCCGCGGAGGUGGCCCCGCGGGCCCUGGCCGCCGGCUCCCAGCCCUGCGUCUUCCCCGAUAGAACAGCCCCAGAAGAGACGGCCCCGCCGGAGAGCCUGAGGUUCGGCCACAAGAAGUCUCUCUCCGACGCCACCAUGUUGAUCCACAGCAGCGAGGACGACGAGGGGAUGAAAAAGAGUCGAGGAGUCGAUGGGAAAAAACUUGGCCCUCUGAAGCUGGCUGCCCUGAACGGACUCUCUCUGUCUCGCCUGCCUUUACCUGAUGAAGGAAAGGAAGUGCCUUCCCGAGCCACCAAUGAUGAAAGGUGCAAAAUUCUGGAACAGCGGUUAGAACAGGGUAUGGUGUUCACAGAAUAUGAAAGAAUUCUUAAGAAACGGCUAGUUGACGGGGACUGUUUGACAGCAAGGCUCCCUGAGAAUGCGGAAAGAAAUCGGUUCCAAGAUGUCCUUCCUUACGACAGUGCCAGAGUGGAGCUGGUCCCAACUAAAGAAAACAAUACCGGAUACAUCAAUGCGUCGCAUAUUAAGGUUGCUGUCAGUGGAAUUGAGUGGGACUACAUUGCCACUCAGGGACCCUUACAGAACACGUGUCAGGACUUCUGGCAGAUGGUGUGGGAACAGGGAAUUGCCGUUAUCGCGAUGGUGACGGCAGAAGAGGAGGGUGGAAGAGAGAAGAGCUUCCGGUAUUGGCCGAGACUCGGCUCUAGGCACAACACCGUCACCUAUGGAAGGUUUAAGAUCACCACGCGCUUCCGCACCGAUUCCGGCUGCUAUGCCACCACAGGCUUGAAGCUGAAGCACCUUCUCACGGGCCAGGAGAGGACAGUCUGGCAUCUCCAGUACACAGACUGGCCGGAGCAUGGCUACCCAGAGGACACCAAGGGGUUUCUGUCCUACCUUGAAGAGAUCCAGUCGGUUCGACGCCAUACCAACAGCACCAGUGAACCUAAGAGCCCCAGCCCACCGUUACUGGUGCACUGCAGCGCCGGCGUUGGGAGGACCGGCGUGGUGAUUUUGUCCGAGAUCAUGAUUGCCUGCCUGGAGCACAAUGAGGUGCUGGAUAUCCCACGGAUGCUGGGCAUGCUGAGGCAGCAGCGGAUGAUGAUGGUGCAGACCCUCUGCCAGUACACGUUUGUGUACCGAGUCCUCAUUCAGUUUCUGAAGAGCUCCAGGCUCAUCUAAGUUCCCAGGCUGCUUCUGGGGACCCGAGCGUGUGAAGGGCCUACAGCUGGGAGGGAAAGGAAAACCAGAGGCCUCUUCUGACUCAGACUUCCUCCUGGACAUGCAGUGCCUGCCGAGCGAUUCCUGGGACGUGGGCGGUUCAGUGUGAGGGGCAGGGCGCCCAGGGGGGUGUGUACAGCGCUCCCGGCUGAGGAAGGACGGGGUGGACCACGUGGUGUGCAGACGGUGCCCUGCUUCUCUGCGCUGUCAGGUCUGCCUGCGCUGUCAGGUCUGCCUGCACUCUGUGCGCACCUCUCGGAAGGAGGCCGUCUUUUCUAGCUGAUUCUUUCUCUGGCUGAGACGAUGCUGGGUGAUCCUGGCAACCAUCGAGGAGUUGUUUUUUAAAACUAGUUUUUGAUCAUGGGGUUUUCCAACUGAAAUACUGAGAGGCUUUUUUUUUUUUUUUUAGGGAGGAAUGGAAUGUUCCAGGAGGAUUCCAUCCUCCCUGUUGGGCUUUAUAUUUGAAACCACACUAUUAUCUUUUGUCCUUUUUAAAAAUGCCUUGAGUACUUAUGGGCUAGUUCUCAAACCCCACACUAUAAAGAGAAUCUAAAGGUAUUAUUUUGAAACAUAGGAUUUUCAUAUUCAGAAAAUUUUUUUAUCCUAAAGAUUUCUCUAUAUUUGUACUUUCUAUAUUUUCCACUCAAGAGCUCAACUCAUGAAGAUGCUGAAGUGAGUCAGUUAAUUGUAUGGGGAAGUCGGGAGUGAAGGCGCACUGUUUAAAAUGCCGGAGAAUAAUCAAUUGCUUUGUUUUUUUCCCCGUAUUAUCUGCACACCUAAAUGAGUUUGACUUUAUUCGUUGACAAUGGAGUGGAGAAACAAUUGCAUAUGAUGGUUUUAAGCACUUUUUUUUGUUCAGAGCAAUACAUUUGAGCUUUUAUA